CGCCGCUGUUUCCGGCGGAAGCGGCACAGCCUGACAGUUACAGUCGUUGUUCAAACACAACAGACGCGCUAAAGACUAACAACAGAUCAAACUCGUCCCGAGAUCAUCAUGAGUGUGCUGAAAACAUGGCUUCAAAACCAGAGCAGCUGCUGAUUGUUGUUUCUGUUCUCGAAGGCCGUCAGUUUCCUAGGAGUCCGCGGCACACACUGGUCGUCGAGGCUCGCUUUGACGGAGAGACUUUGGCCACAGACCCGGUCGAACACAGAGAACAGCCGCAGUUCUGCACUGAACUGGCCUGGGAGCUGGACCGCAGGACGCUGCAUCAGCACCGACUCCAGAGGACCCCCAUCAAACUGCAGUGUUACUCCGUCGACUCCGGCACGUCUGCGAGGGAGUGUGUGGGAUAUAUCGUCCUCGAUCUCAGAUCACUGCAAGAGAUCAAGCAGGCUCCUAAAUGGCAUCCUUUACUCAGUAGCAAGUACACGAAACUGAAGCCUGCUCUUCUGAUCAGCAUGAUCUUAGAGAACGACACCAAACCAUCAGCUGAGCAGUUCAAGGCAAAGAAAGCUCCACCGAGGCCAGGCUCUCCGGCGCUGGUUCCUCUGGACUCUGAGAAACUCAGGCCGGUUCUGAACGAGGAAGAAGGUUUUCAUCAGAUCGGACCUGAAGAUGUCUGCGUGGACAUGUUUGUGCUGUCGGUGACGGUUGCGUUUGCUACUAAACUGGAGCAGUUGAUCUCCAGCUCCACCAAGCUGUCCAGCGAGGGCUCAGAGUUCUUCUUCUAUUACACUCUGUUGGGGAACGACGUCACCAGCGAACCUUUCCAGAACCUCCUCAGUCCGAACUUUGAGCCGGAGCGAGCGUCCGUCCGCAUCCGCAGCAGUGAGCGCUUCCUGCGGCUCUUCCUCAGCCAGCAGCCCUGCCUCCAGAUCCAUCUCUGCUGUGGAAACCAGUCUCUGGGCAGCACUGACGUCAGUCUGGCCGGGUUAAUGAAGAGCAGCGCUGAUCUCAGUAAGCGUCCCGCCACUAUAGAGGGCGCUUUCAUCCUGCAGCCUCCGAAGCGUGUGAAGCCCGGGCUGCAGUGUGUCCCGCCGGACCUCCAGCCCACUGUGAGCGUGUCUGUGACGCUGAGAGCCGAAGACAUCAGGAAUCAGCUGGAAGUACCCAUUGAGAAUGGACCUAAAACGCCGGUGAAGAAAGGCCCGGUUCCAGCCACCCAUCAUGAACGUCCCUCAGAGGAGCCCAGAGCCCUUAGGAGCCCAUCACCACACCGGUGUCUCCGGUCUCCAGACGCUUCUCCUGAGCACCAGCAUUCGGAGAGCGAGGCCGAGAGUCUGUGCAGUGACAUCAGACAGGCCCCGCCCACAGUGCACGAGAGACAGGCCCCGCCCACAGCGCACGAGAGACAGGCCCCGCCCACAGCGCACGAGAGACAGGCCCCGCCCACAGCGCACGAGAGACAGGCACCACCCACAGCGCACGAGAGACAGGCCCCGCCCACAGCGCAUGAUGAUUCUGAAGCUGAUGCUGGAGACUCGUCCGUCUCUGUUUCUGCUCCGAAGAUCUCCAUCCCUGCGUCCGCACAUCACUACUGCUUCUCCCUGGACCUGCGCAGCGUCCGAGACCUCCGGACCAGCUUCCCUGUUAACUGCGUCCUCCGAUACGCUUACCAGUUCUUCGGCAGCGCGGCUCCCAUCAUGACCAGUCCAGCGGUGGAGGUGAAGAAGAACACGGAGGUGUUCCUGCCGCAGUCGUACUGCGCCUUUGAUUUCGCCGCUUUACCCAAUCAACUUCAGGACACUUUCCUCAGGGUUCCUCUGGUGGUGGAGAUGUGGCACAGAGAGCCGAGCUCUGGAGAUGUUCUGCUGGGUUCUGUCAGCAUUCAUCUGUCCCGUCUCCUCAGCUCCGAGAAAACACGCUUCCUCGACCCGUCUGGUCUUCAGCACUGGAGACAGAGCUGUUCUGAGAGGAUCCCCAUCGUGAAAGCAGACGGGUCUGAGAGGUUGGCUGAACUCAGUUAUGUGAGCGUUCUUGAAGAUCUGGGGUUUGUGAAAGCUCAAGACGUCCUCGUCUCUGAAUCGUCACAGGGGCCGCCGCCAGCUCUGGCUGCUCCUCCUCAGGGCCCCAAGGGGGCGGAGCCUCUCACUCGACCUCGAGAGACCCCGGAGUACAAGGCAGCGCUGGAGCUGGAGAUGUGGAAGGAGAUGCAGGAGGAUCUGUUCGACAAUCAGCUGAAGCAGAAGGAGUUGAGUCACAUGCAGGCGCUGGCAGAGGAGUGGAGGAAGAGAGAUCUCCAGCGGGAGGCGCUCAUCAAGAAGAAGGAGAUGGAGUAUAAUGUUCUGGAGGAGCAGCUGCAGAAGACUCUGUCUGAUCUGGAGAAGCGAGAGAAGGCUCUGGCUCACGCUGAGAUGGAGACGCAGAGGCUGCAGCGAGAGCUCCGCUCCGAGCACGAGUUCAGCCUGCGAGAGCUGCAAGACAGCGGCCGGCGCCUGCGCGAGGACUGCACUCACCAGGUGGAGCUGGAGAGGUCAAAGGUCAGGCAGCUCGAGGAUCAACUGGCUCAGCAGCGACAGCAGAUACAAGAGGCUGAGAACAAAUACAAGCAGCUGGAGAAGGAGUUCCUGCAGUACCGGGAUCAGCAGAACGUCCGGCCCGAGGUCCGUCUGCAGUCAGAGAUCAACCUGCUGACCCUGGAGAAGGUGGAACUGGAGCGUAAACUGGAGUCUGCAACUAAAUCCAAACUGCAUUACAAGCAGCAGUGGGGACGAGCCCUGAAGGAGCUGGCCAGGUUUAAACAGCGCGAGCAGGAGAAUGCCAUGACACGUCUGAAGAAGCAGCAGCAGGAGCUGGAGCACAUGAGGUUACGAUACCUGGCCGCUGAAGAGAAGGAAGCCGUCCAGAGCGAGAAACACGAGCUUCAGGACAUCCGUAACGAGCUGAACCGGCUGAAGCCACAGGAGGAGCCGCGCAGCUGGACGGACACUGCACACGCGUGUGCGAGCGAGAGCGCCGAUGAACACGUGACACGUCUGCUGGAGGAGAGAGACACGCUGCUGCGCACCGGCGUCUACACGCAUGACGACAGGAUCAUCUCUGAGCUGGACCGACAGAUCCAGCAGGCCAUGAGCCGCAGGAACACGUGACACGCUUCCUGCUUUCAGCAGGUGGCGCUGCUUCUCAAUAAAUCACUGCAGGAUUAUUAACACUUCAGCGUUUCACAAGCCUUUAUAUGUGACUGUUUAUAGUGUGUGUGUAUGUGUGUGUGUGUGUGUGAUUUAGAUUGUGACUGUCGGUUUAAAUAAAUAUUUUUAUGAUCUCUUUUCA